CUAACGAUAUAAGUAGCAUUGUCCAAGUGACAAGCAAUGGAGUUCAAGUUUCGUCGUUGACACAUGACCGGCCGUCACUUGCCAACAAUCCCACGCGAUAUUAUAUAGAUACCAUAUACGAAUACUAUACUCGGGCUCAUGGGCGCAAGAGACAGGUGCCCUCAAGCGGCGAGGCUGAGUUUUGUGACCAGCCCCAUACUAGGCGCAUUUAUAUACAUCUGAGGUUUAACUAUAGGUCCAGCUUCAGCAGACACUGCCAGUCGCUUUCCUACGGAAACUUCUCGCGUACAGCGAGCCUGAGCUUCUAUCCGCGCUAUCUGUUUAUAAUAUCAGGUACAUGACCGAGUGCAACCUCGGCGUACCCGGCAAGCGUACCCGCGCAUACAUCUUUCCAGGUUGCAGUGCCCCCAGCUCUGGCGCCCCCAAGCCCAGAUGGUGGUAACACUAGACACUACUAUAGCCGCUGUCUUUGGGCAGAAUUUGUCCUGCAUCGCGUCGGGCGACAAGCCCAUCCUCGGCGGUGCGCUGAGCAGUGAGCGAGCAGGCAACUAAAACGGCUGUUUGAGAACCUGGACGUAUGGACGCUCAUGGACGCAGCCUGGGUGCGGAGGCCUCUUGCUCGCCGGCUGAGCACUGCGGUCCAAGCCCGACUUCGCGGGACCACCACACCCUAGCAAGUAAGCGGCGGCCCCCACAGGGGCCCCUCCGCAGCGCCAUGAAUGCGGUCGCAUGCGGCAUGCUGGUCCUGGCAUCUGCGCUAAUAUCGGCAUGGGAGCCGGCGUGGCUGCGGGGCCUGCGCUCGGCAGCCUGGCGGUGCCUGGGCCGGCUGUGGGAAGCGGUGGCGGGGCCUGCCGGCCCCCCGCCGCCCUCCCUCGUCGCGGCCAUGAACUGGCAGGUUCAGCCGUACGGGCUUCGUUCGCGGCAGCAGAACGCCGCGCAAGUUACGACGCACGUCAAGAUCCGUGGAGCGGAGUCCGCGCCUGCGCAUUCGGAGCAUCUCGGUCCCGGCUACGAGACUCGGCUAAAGAAGGCGCUGGCGGACCGUGGCCUAUCAAUGGAAGGCAUCUUCGUGAGGCCCGGCUGCAUCGAGGUGGUCUUAGGCACCAAGGCGUGGGCCGCCGCCAAGGGACAGGCGAGCGCAGACGGCUUUAACGCCACCACAGGCGCGGGGUCUCCGGCAUGUGAUGCCGGCAGGUCCGCCGCCAAAGCCUGUUUCCGCGACACUUCAACCCCCGACGCUGUCACCUCCUCCACGCACGCCUGCUCCAAGCGGUUCACGCCAAGGAGCUCGGCCGGCGACAACCCUGCCGCAUGGCAGGCCGCCCUCCACGGCAUCGGCAGUGCCGGUAGCGGCGGCUGCAACGGAGCCGAAUCCGGCGGCAGCACACCCCCGCAGACCCACACCCAGUCCCAGUCACAAUUGGUGUCGGUAGCUGGCCUCAGCACGAAGAUCUCCUUCCCAGGCGACGCCAGCCCCUCGGGCGCCCACACCGCUUCUGCCAAUGGUACAACCGCAGGCGGCGGCGGUGGCGGCGACGACAGCCGCACCCCAUCACUGUGCUCAACGCCGUGCAGCUCGUCGGGCGACAACCGUGCCGUACGGCAGGCGGCUGUGUACGGCGUCGCAGGCUUCACCGGCUCGCACCGCUCGGCCGGCGACAACGCCGCGCUCUUUGGCAGCCCCCCCGCCGGCGGCUGCGGUGGCUGUGGCGCCGCUGGCGCCGCCUACGGCCUGCGUCGCGCCUCCGCGGGUGACAAUCACGCGGCACGCUACGCCGCACAGCAGUUCCUAGGCGCCGGCGCCGGCGCCGGCAUCGGCGCUGCGGCUGCGGCUGCGGGCGCCAGCCCGGAGGCUAGUGCAGGACCGAGCCCGCCGAUCAUGGCGAGUCCCUUUGUCGCACCAGUACAGGCGCAGGCGGGUGCCUCGCGCCGCACAUCGCUGGCGGCGGCGCGUGAUGCGCACGGCGUAGGCUACGUACGGCGAUCUGAAUCCGUCACGAGCAACGCCACCGGGCUUGUGGAUAUUGGCGAGCUGAUCCGCGCGCUUCAGCUGCCGUACACUGAUGAUACGCUUGACCAUGAGUGGCAUUGCGAUGAGCUUGAUGGCGGCGGCAGAGGUGGCGACGGCUCGGGCGUGUUUGCUGCUGCGAGCCUGCUGUCAGCGGCCCGUGGCUCUGGCUCGCCCACCUCCGCGCAGCGCUUGCACCGGCUGCAGCUGUCGCAGCAGCAACAGCAGCAGCUGCAGGAGGCGCAGCAGUCCGAUUCCUCCCUGUGGCCGCAGCUGGCGGAGUCGCAGCUGUCGCAGCACCAACUAGAGCAGCCCCAGCACCAACAGACGCAGCUGCCACUUGUGGCGGCGGACUGGUCGGCACCGGUCAGCCCCGCUGCCGCCGCCGCCAUCGACAUGCACACAUUGCUCAUUGCGGCGGUGGUGCCGCGCGUGCUGGCGCUGCGCCCGCCCUCGGCUCUGCAGCAGACCUUCCAGCAGAGUCGCCUGUACGCAGACGCCCCUGCCGUUGCUGCUUCUGGCGACACAGCUGCCGCCGCCGCGGUUGCGGCACCGGGGAGGCCCUCGGAGACCCACGCCACGCUGACGGUCUACAUGCCCGGCAUUGUGAGCGGCCCUGCGCAGGCGUCCGGCGCAGCACUUGACGAGGGCCUAGGUGCUGCUGGCGCUGCCGGCACUGCGCCCGCGGCGGCGGGGGCUGCAGGUCAGCUGGCGGUCGAGAUGGUUGUGCGCUCGCAGGGCACCUACUUGCCGGCGACAUGCACGUUUGUGCCGCUGCUGCUGCCGGCGGGGACGCCAACCGCGGCGCCGCCCUACGCCGCUGGCGGAGGCCUCCCGCACGCAGGCGCCGCAGGCGUCGGUGCUGCAGAUUCCGCGGCAAGCGGCCCUGCCGGCGCUACCAGCAACAGCCUCCCCGGAGGCGCCACCGGCAGCGCCAGCUUCACAGCCUGCACUCUGCGCCUGCACGCGCUGCCGCCGCUGCCGGGCCUGCUGCUGGUGGAGGCCCGGCGGCCGGGCGGCGGUCGCGGCUGCGUGGUGCCGGUGCUGCUGCUGGACGAGCCAGGGCUGGCGGAGGAGCUGCAGGCGGCUGUGGAGACGUGGCUGGGCAGCCCCAAGCAACUGGAGGACGUGUUCAUGGACCUCGGUGCCUUCUUCCAUCACCUGCCCGCGGCGCUGCGCGUGCUGGCCCAGCGCCGCUACCGCGACGCGCUGGGGCUGCCGGCCGCCGCUGGCGCCAUUGCGGGCACUGCUGCCGCAACCGGCCUGGGCUCCGGCCCUGCUCCAGGCUAUCAAGCCGCAGACCAGGCUCAGCUCCACUUCCAGCUGGAACAACAGCAGCACCAGCAGGCUGCGUGGCUGGCAGGCACGCCGGCGGCCGCAGCCACAGCCGCCUCGGCCGCCGCACUGCUUCUUCCGGACCCCGCGUCGGAGCUCAUGCGUGCGCGACUGAUCGACAUGGGGCUUCACAUGCUGGGCUGGUUCGCCGCCGCUCCCGCCAACACCUGGCCUCUCACUCUGGCGCGCCUGCGGUCGGACGUGUUGGCACUGGGCGCCAACGAGGCCGACAUGCGCGUCAUUUUCGCGGCGGAGAGCACCGCGGCCGCCGCCGCUGCAGCCACUACGGCCCGUAGCGCCGCCGCCGGCCGAGGCGCCGGCGGCGGCGUCCGUGCCGGCAGCGUGUCGGUCGUACACGCCGGCAUGGACUCCGAACAACUCGCCGCAUACUACCUUGGCGGCAGCGACUACGAAGCCAACAGCGAUGCGCGCACCGACGACGUGCGGUGGUUGGACACGGAUGAUUUCUGCAUGAGCGGCACUGCCGGUUCGGGGCAUUCAGGUGUAGUGGGCUCUGCCAGCGGCUUCGGUUCGGGCAUCACCGCGGCCGAGGUGGCCCGUAGCGGCAGUGAGCCGUCGCCGCGCUUUGCCUCGUCAAACAACGGGGCGGUGAGCAGCGCCGUGGUGGCGGCUGCGGCCGUGGCGAUGCUUGGUGCCGCCGGCGCCGGCGUUGCGGGCGGGCUCCACGGCGUUGGGCCGUCUGGGCAGGCGUCCGGUUGGCACGCUACACUUGGUGUGGCGGCUACCGCCAAUGCGGCUGCUUCCACAGCCUUGGACGGCACUGCAGCUGCGGCUGCAGUAAGCGCCGCCGCUCCUGCCCCUGUCGCAAGAGACGAAACCAGCGGAUCCAUCGCUUCCGCUGUGCAUCCUUUGGCAGCGGCAGCAUCAGCAGCGGCAGCAGCGAGCGCAUGUCCUGACGGCGUCUGCAGCGCUGUUGGAACCGUGCUGCAGGGCCGCGGCGCUGCAGCCUCAACUGUGGCGAGGACGCUCCAGCGCUGCUGGGGGGAGGUGGCGUCUCAGUGGCGGCUACUGCGCCGCGGUGCGGCAGACCCAGAGUAUACUGCGUUUGUCGGCGAGUGGGCGGCGGCGCAAGAAUCCGUCAUCCACGUGGCCAUCGUGAUGUUGCUCAUGCUCUUGCCCGUGCGGCGCCUGCUCGCCAUGCCGACGCCGCCCAAUGUGGCCGGAGUCGACGGUGCCGCGGGCCCUGCCGCCGUGGCGCGCGCAGCGCCUUCGGAGGCUACUGCCGACUCGGUCGCCUCCACCACGCUACAGCAGCUGCGUGAUGCCGCGCCGCUGCUGCUGGUGCUGCUGCCGCACCUCGUCACGUGCCUGGGAUGGAUCGCGAUGGGCGCCAUCCGCCCACACCGCGCCGCCUAUCUGCGGCUGGUGCGCGCGGCGUGCGUGCUGCGCGUGCUGUGCCACGCCGCGGCGGCGGCGCUGGUAGGCUGCUUCGGCUUCGGCUUCGGCCUUGGCCUGGGCGGAGACGGCGGUGGCGGUGGCGUCUCGAUGCAACAGCUGGGCGGCGGCGUGUUUGUGUGCGACGUGUUGCUGUUGGGCAUUAACCUGGCUAUGGACCCCGCGUCAGCAGCAGCCCACGCCGUGCUGCGCCUGCCGCUGCUGGCAGCCCUGUGGUGCGGGCUGGAGCAGGCGCCCGCGGCGAAUCCGCCGGCGCGUGUGUGCCUGCGAGCUGCGUCGUUGUCGGCGCUGAGUCUCGCCGUGAACCUGCUCAGCCACUGGCUGCUGCAAGGCCUGUUCGCUGCUCGCCAGCGCGGCCGGACGGUGGGCGCCUUCAAGCAGUCAAAGCAGUAGCAGGAACAGAUUGUAGCUGGAGAAAGGGGGAUCAACAGUAGAGGCAAUUAAUAAGAAAAGGGACGAGACACGAACGAUUGAUCUGUGUUGUGGGGCUGCGGCUGUGCUACUACGAGAGAGGUACGGUAUGGCUUCAAGCCGUGCAAAUCUGCUUUUUGUGUGUUCGUUGGUUUAGGCAGGCAGGUGCUGGGCCCUUCUACGGUCCGGGCAGCUAAUAACGGACUGGCAGGAGGUCUUCGCGCCCGCGCAGCAUGUGUGGUGAGUGUUAGUGACUGGGUUCUCGUCCUUAGCGCAACGGCGUCGAGGCACGCGUGCGCACUCGUUGUCCGGGGAUUUACGCUUUUUUUAAAGCGACUCAAUGCAUGAGUGCUUGAACGCAGCUCCAGCAUGGAUACUCAAGCGGCUGGGAGCGCGCCCCUGCACAAACGCAUGUGUCUUUAUUACAAUCCAGUAAGGAGAACGUAUGCACGGUUUCGCGGAGAGCUUUAGCAGCAUGUGAGCAAGAGGAUGCAGAGCGGUGCCCAGAGCCCCAGACGUGCUUGAGAGGCGAGACGGUAGCGCUUUGCGCACGAGAUCAACGCACGGUGUCGUACGUGCCGGCGCAUCGCAAUUCGCAUUGCGCUCAUUGCACAAUCACGUGCGCCUAAUUGGCUUCUUUCGCACAUUUACGUCACGCGCUGACUGCCGCGUCAGCGAGCCCUCCUUUCUAUGCAGGCCAAGGCCCGCGGGCACUGGAAAGUAAUAGAGGGGUGGGAUUUGGGUGACUGUUCCUUUUCUGUGUCGCGCCAGAUGCUUGAUUGGUGACCUGGUGAGCAAGCAAGGAGGUAGGCAGGCGUGACCGCGUGCCUGAGGUGGCUGCGGCGGGUUCGGCAUAAGCAACGAAAUGGAGGUGCCCGGGUUUUUGGUUGGCAAGUCCUGCUGCUGCUGGCAAGGCUGGACUGCAGAGGACUCUGCUGCAGUGCACAUGCUUCCCACCCCCCGCUGGCAAGGGUUUGACGAAGCGCAGGCACGCGGGUGUAUUUGGGCGCUUGGAGUGCUGUGGGUGUUAGUGUGUGGGGCACACGGUGUUAUAGGCGACCUUUGCCAUCGGGCCGGAUUCAGGCCAAGGUGAACUUAACCAGUGAAGGUGGCAAGGUUUGAGCGGUAGCAAGUGCCGGAAGUCUGGGUGAGGGACGCAAGAUGGGGCGCGACUCAAGAGGGUGCGUGUGUGCACACUUGUGUGUGUGUGUGUGUGUGUGUGUGUGUGUGUGUGUGUGUGUGUGUGUGCGUGUGUAUGUGUGCAUGGUGUGUGCGUGUGUAUAUGUGUGUGGUUUUAACAACAACAACAAAACGAAGCCUGUGUGUGUGUGUGUGUGUGUGUGUGUGUGUGUGUGUGCAGUCCCGCACGGGGGUAAAUUCACUGAAAUAAACAAAGGCAUGUGGCGUGUGGCCUUACAUUCUUACUUUCAUACCGUAUAUGGGCUGCAGGUCAGGCUGGAGGUGGUGAGUGGUAGCCACGCGUGCCGGGGGAGCAAUUUUAUGAACGAAGUUCACUGUAGCACGGCUGGCGGGCGGUGUUACAAAGAGGUGGCAGAAUAACGUUUGUGCGCAGGGCUUGCUGCGCUUGCGGCCCUCGUGGUCUUGGCGAGAAGCAGAGGUCGUGCACAAUGUCGGGGGGUGGACUAUGGGCCACGGCCUUGGUCGUUGGGAGCCUAGAUGGUGAGAUUCAAGCAGUACCGUAAGCAGUACCGUAUGUUGGGUGCGUUGCUUGCUUGCGUGUGGUUGCUUGCCAUCGCAGCAGGUGGCGGGUGCGAUGCGGUUGUCCUUAUGUACCAGCCUGGUGGCUUGGGCAAAUCAUCCCGAAGGCCGAGGAGAAAGUGACCGAACUGAUGCGGCGACAACGUCAGGUGGUAGUGACGCUUCGGGCCGACUGCCCUGACAGAUGUUUGUCCUGCAUGAGGUGAUGACUUAUGCGGUAGGCGUGACCGUGACCCGGUCUGUUAGGUUGUUGGAAGCACGGCAACCAGCAAGGCGCGUUUUCAGGAAUCAGAGUCAGGUUCAGGGUCAGGAAUCAGAGUCGGGUUCAGGGUCAGGAAUCAGAGUCAGGUUCAGGAGGGGUGGAGGGGCGUGCUCUGGGGCACCCCCUGGGCGACCCCUCCACCGGCCCCUGUAAGCUAUGCAGGAA